UGUUAUAAAUUAAAAUUAGAGAUUAUCAACCAUGAGCGACAAAAAAGGAAGAGUUGAUGAAUUGAUAGAUUGUAUUAGAAUUAAGCUAUUCCAAUUGAUCAAUUGACUCCAGAUUAACAUCAUUUCAGAAUGAGUUCCCACACUGAGUCUAUGACCAAGCGUUCAUUAAUUGCAACCAUUGCUGAUGAAGAUUCCGUCACUGGAUUAUUAUUAGCUGGUGUAGGUCAAGUAUCAACUGAAGUUGGUAAAGAAACUAAUUUCUUAACUGUUAUUCCAGAAAAGACUACCGUGGAACAAAUUGAAGAAGCAUUCGAUAGAUUCACUUCAACCAGAGAUGAUAUAGCUAUAUUGUUGAUUAAUCAACAUUUAGCUGAUUUAAUAAGAUUCAAAGUCGAUAGUUAUACCAAUGCAUUCCCUGCCAUUUUAGAAAUCCCAUCUAAAGAUCAUCCAUAUGAUCCUUCAAAGGAUUCAAUCUUAAAGAAAGUCAGAAGAUUAUUCGGUGAGUAAGUUUAUUACUCUUAUUCUGUGGUCACUGGGUUCAACUUUAUCUCCCCCUCGUUUUUAUAUUCAUCUUAUUCAAAUUCACUUCUUUUAACUAUUUACGAUAUUUCACAAGCUAUUAUUACACACCAUUUCUUUCAUUUUAAACUUAUUGGCCACUCCUCCCAUGAUAACUCAUUAAUCUUGAGAAAGAUUACAUAGAAUAUAGUAUCGGCAUUCAUAUAAUAUAUACACUUUUUACUUAAUAAAUUAUA